AGAAAAAUUUUUUUUAAUAUUAAUUUGAUGAGAGAUUUAAUGCGAAAGGAGCUCAAUAUUCAUUUUCCACACAGUUUAGUAUUUUUCUUAAAGGAACGAAAUAUCGGUAGAGAGUUUUUUUCUUUUUCCUUUUUUUUUCUUUUAGUGACCGCCCUUUAACUCACCAAGCCCUUCCUCUCAGGACUUUCCAAGAUUUCCAGCGCAAAAACAGCGAGCGCAACAUUUCCAAUCUUUCAUCAUCAAACUUUUCUCCUUUUGCGGAAAUGGUUUGCUCGCUUUCUUUGCACAGCUCGGACUAAGUUCAGCAACACUAUGUGGCUUCCUUGCAAAUGCACUACGAAGUAUGUGGCUGCCAUCAGACGUGGCGUCUCGGCAUCUUUUCUUCAUGUUUUGCGCCGCGGCAGGAGCAGCUGGAACUCGGCGGCCUUCAUGCCGGAGUCGGCGGGCUUCGAGGGCGUUUCUGGCCGCGACGCUCUGCACGACUACUCGGUCUCCCACGGCGAGAGCUUCUGGGACGCCGUGGCCCGCCAGAGGCUGAGCUGGAUCCGACCUUUCGACGCUGUGCAGGACUGCGAUCUGAGCCAAGGGAGGAUUAAGUGGUUCGAGGGCGGAAAGCUGAACGUCUCCGUGAACUGCUUGGACCGCCAUGUGCACACCUGUCCAGAGAGAGUGGCCCUGAUAUGGGAGAGGGAUGAGCAGGGGUCAGAGGUCAGGUACACAUACAGGGAGCUACUGGAGAUGACAUGCCGCUUGGGGAACCUGUUGAGGCGGUACGGCGUAAAGAAGGGGGACUGCGUCACCAUCUACAUGCCCACCUGCCCUCUGGCUGUGGCGUCCAUGUUGGCCUGUGCCCGGAUUGGUGCUGCUCACAAUGUGGUGUUUGCAGGCUUCAGUUCAGAAGCCCUGGCAGAGCGCAUAAGAGACGCUCAGUCCAGCACCGUCAUCACCGUGAACCAGGGCGUCCGGGGCGGGAAGAUCACAGAGCUGAAGAGGACGGUGGACGCAGCCGUCCAGAGCUGUCCGACUGUCCAGCAGGUGUUUGUGGCCAUGAGAACUGAAAAACAAGUCGAGAUGACAGACAGGGACUUCGCCUUGGAGGAGGAGAUGCUAAAGGAGGACGUGGUGUGUGAGCCAGCUGCUAUGGACAGCGAGGACGUCCUGUUCCUAUUGUACACAUCUGGUAGCACGGGGAAGCCCAAAGGCCUGGUCCACACGCAGGCUGGAUACCUGCUUUUUGCUGCUCUCACACACAGGUACGUCUUCGGCUACCAUGACGGGGACGUGUUCGGCUGUGUGGCAGAUAUAGGCUGGAUUACUGGACACAGUUACACAGUGUACGGGCCCCUGGCCAAUGGAGGGACCACCGUUCUGUUUGAGAGCACUCCAGUGUAUCCUGACCCAGGGAGAUACUGGGACAUGGUGGAGAGGCUGAGGAUCAACCAGUUUUACGGCGCUCCCACUGCAAUCCGCCUCCUGAUCAAAUACGGAGACCAGUGGGUGAAGAAGUACGACCGCUCCUCCCUCACCACACUCGGCUCUGUGGGUGAGCCGAUCAACACAGAAGCGUGGGAGUGGUACAACAGGGUGGUCGGCGAAGGACGCUGUCCUGUAGUGGACACCUGGUGGCAAACCGAAACAGGCGGCAUCUGCAUCGCCCCAAAGCCGUCAGAACCAGACGCAGAGAUUGUCCCGGGGAUGGCCAUGAGACCCUUCUUUGGCAUCAAGCCGGUGCUCAUGGACACUGAGGGAAAGUUACUGACUUCCAACAACACAUCCGGAGCUCUGUGUAUGGCUCAGCCGUGGCCCGGCAUGGCAAGAACCAUUCACAACAACCACCAGAGAUUCCUUGAGACCUACUUCCAACCUUAUCCAGGGUACUUCUUCACGGGUGAUGGAGCCUAUCGUUCUCAGGAGGGUUACUACCAGAUCACAGGGCGUCUGGAUGACGUAAUCAACGUCAGCGGCCACAGGAUCGGGACAGCAGAGAUAGAGGACGUAGUGAAUCAGUGUAGUGCAGUGGCUGAGUCUGCAGUUAUUGGAUACUCUCAUAACAUCAAGGGUCAAGGAGUUUACGCCUUCGUGGUCCUGAAGAAGGGUGUAGACAUACAGGAGGCGGAUCUGUCCAAGCAGCUGAACAACAUGGUGUCUGAAAAGAUUGCCAAGUAUGCUUGUCCUGACUUCAUUCAGUUGGCUAAACGGUUGCCUAAGACGCGUUCGGGAAAGAUCAUGCGGCGCGUUCUGCGCAAAGUUGUGGACUCUGACCUGGAUGGUUUGGGGGACCUGAGCACGCUGGACGAUCCAGCAGCGGUUCAGGAGAUCAUCGAAGGCCAUGAAAAGCUCUUAAGUAAAUAAGAAGCAUCGGAGUAACUUUCCUGAAAACAAUGAAAUGUAAAGGAGGCUGUGAAGGAUAACUUGCACAUUCCCAUCAACCACACGUGCCUUUAAAGAAAAACUUAUUUUAAUCACCAAACGUUUCAUUAGAUUGUACAUAUAAAUCUAUUUUAACAAUCCAUGUAUCUUCAUUAUAAGACUGUGAAACUUUCAGAUGUGGUUAUUGAAUAACACCGUUGCAAAAAUAACUUUAAUGCACUUAAGAAGUGUUUUUCUAUGUGAUUUGUGACACAAUAAAAAGUUUUUUGGGUCCAGUU